AUGCUUUACACGACCAAUCCAGUCUGCCUGCAGAACUCGUGUGUGAAUCCUUUCGCACCCGGCUUGAUGGACAUCCCGAGGCUGGCGACCAUGAUCUGGCAGUGUUCGCCAGAGGGUGAGGUGAAGAAGAACGUCAAGUUCUGCAGGGAUGCUUUGGACUACGACGCAGCCAUUCCAUCUGGAAAUCAAAGCACUACGCUGGAUCAGAUCGUAGCGGCUCAGGAUAGCGCAGCGUCAACGAUGUUCUUCUACCAUCUUAGCGCAUUGGGCUAUGACGCGUGGGAGUUCCGAAGACCGAACGAGACAGAGGACGUCUGUGUGCAGAGCGUAUACAAGCUCACGUGCCUCACCUACUUCCCCAAGAACGAGGCGGGAUGCAAAACUGGAGCUCAGAUCCCCUUCCUUAGACCGUGCCGGAACGCUUGCGAAAGUUAUCUGAGCCAGUGCCAGGUAGAGUGCUGCGAUGCCAGCACGCAGUGCGUCUUCGUACACGAAGGCCAGGACGGCAGUGAGCAGUCUGGAUACUACGAUGCCGACGGGCCCUCUGCCCUGUGCACUGGCAGCGGCGCCGGCCGCCUGGCCUCCCCCGGAGCGCUGGUCCUGCUGCUACUGGGACUACAGAUGUCCAUGUGGGAACGACGGCCUGGUUGGGCAAGGCACCUGCUCCUAGCACUGGCACUCUCUUGCGCCACAAGCUUGCAGGGGUGCUCGCUUUUCAUCCCCAGCCAUCGGGUGCCGAACUGGAAGAAGGAUUCGGAUUACCUCGUGCGCUUUGAACAUGUGCCAGCCGGGAAGCUUGAGACGGCAGCGACACUGAACUCGUGCAACAUUCUGAACUCACCGGAGGGGGACGAGGUCUGCUCUGGUCGCGGGCAGUGCAAGCCCUGGUCGAUCCAGCCCCUGAAGGUUGCGAGCCUCAAUGCAACAGUUUCGUCACUCAAUGCGCUCUCUUUCUGCGAGUGCGAUUAUCAGUGGGCUGAUCCCGAGUGCCGGACCAGGAGAAAGUCCCAGAUGAAGGCCUUCUUCCUGAGCCUCGUCGCUGGCAUCUUCGGAGCAGACAGAUUUUACCUCGGCCUCUGGGUGUCUGGGUGCAUCAAACUGGUCACGCUCGGCGGUUUCGGGCUGUGGUGGCUUUACGAUGUUGUCCGUGUGGGAUCCGCGCCUAUCUAUGCAGACGACUUCAAGGUUGCGGCAGACUUGCCGCACUGGUUGUACCUGCUGAUUGUGAUCCUCGUCUUUGGUGGGCUGGGCCUCGUCUACAGCUUGGAGUUGUACGGCAGGCACAAGAGGCAGAAGCGCCACGAGGCCAUGCAGUUCUCGCUCGAUGAGGAAAGAAGUUUGAAGACUCCCCUGACAGAAAGCAACGACCCGAGCAACCCUUGGAGCGGGCACCGCUCUGCGGGCUACGGAUCCACACUUCCCCAGUUCCCCACAGCGGGUGCGCCGCUGGUCCUGCGGUAA